AUGUCGGAUUCCGCUUUUUCCCUCUUCACUUCGCUGCGGUACGACGUCGCCCUGCAGCAGGUCCCUGCCAGGGGCUUGGACUACGCCGGAUGGAACCACCACACCCAAUCGCCCUUUUACAUGCUCGACUACCACCGCGACCGCAUCCUCAAAGCUGCCGUCCACUGGCAAUGGAAGGAGGCGGUGGAAAAACUGUCCGGCGACGACGCUCUCGUCCAGCUUGCCCGAGUGGCCCAGGAAGCCAUCGGCAGCACGUCGGAUCCGAAGCCACUCCGGCUCCGGAUCGUCGUCGACAGCAACGGCGACAUCGCCUUUCAACACUUUGACACGCCAGCCUUGCCGCUCGAGAACCUGCUGCCGAAGCGGCUGCCGAAUCCUGGCUCGGCGCCCGGCCCCAACGAACCCAAGGUGCCUCCUCGCUUCACCCUGGUUGUCGACGACGAUCCGACCCCCAGGUCUGAGUUUACGCACUUCAAGACGACCAAGCGGGUCAUGUACGAUGCUGCCCGCCAGAGAGCCGGCAUUACUGACCCGCGAGACCAGAAGGAGGUGCUUAUCAUCAACGACAAGUCGGUCAUGGAGGGCAGCACGACGACGCCUUACUUUUGGCGCAGCGGCAGAUGGGUCACGCCGCCCGUUUCUCCCAUCUUUAGCUGGGAUGACGGCUGCGGGGGACAGGAUGGUACUUCCCGGCGCUGGGCGCUGCAAAGAGGGCUGGCAGUUGAGCAAGCCGUUCCCGUCGACUCUCUCGUUGACGGCGAGGAGUGCUGGAUCAGCAGCGGCGUCAGCGGAUUUCGACUGGCAGUCGUCAGCUUGAGACGGACUGCUUAA